AUGGACGAUGAUGACAGCCUGGUCGCUUGUCCCCCAGACAUUUCGAGAUUGUGCGUUCCGCCUGUUCAGCUGCCGAGGCGUCUGCAAAUCAACGGUCAAGACGACGUUAAGAUUUCUCCACAAGUAUGCUGCGAAGAUGAAAUCCAAUUCCGAGAAUGCGUAGGUUGGAAGCCUGCGCCUGCGGCUGCUCAUUGGACGGCCUGCGGGGCCACAGUGUGCUUCAACGGGGGGCUGUGCCAGGCCCUCAAGUGUGUUUGCCCCUUCGGGUUUAAUGGUUCGGAUUGCUCGCAGCCAGUGAGCAGCGCGGCGGCAGCUGCUGCCACAAGCGGGACGUCAGUCAUCAGCCCAGGGCCGACCCUCCUUGCGGGUGAUACGGGUGGCGGUGGCACAAAGUGGUACGUCAUACUGUUCGUGGUGGCGGGCGGGAUAGCGCUCGUUGCCCUCGGUCUUGGCGUUGUGGUUGUACUUCGGCGGCGGAGGCAGGACAAGCAGACAAUGCGCCAAUUCCAGGAGCUUGUGAAGCAGAACUCAGUCUCCGAAGGGCAGGGGCAUGACGAGGAAGCAAACCCGUGA